AUGGGAGAUUUCGGGGCCAAAUGGGUAUUGGUACGGGGAUCCCCAAACUUGAAAAAUCCCCGAUGGGUAUGGGGAGGGGAUGGAUUCGGGCUGGGUAUGGGGGAUAGUCCCCCGACGGCGACAACGACUGGGAUUCCUCAAAACCUAUUAAACGGAGAUGAGUUCGAGGAUGGGGCGGGGAUGGAGAGCAGGGACAGAGAUGGUAUUGUCAUAUUCGGCGCCUACCCGACCCAUUGCCAUCCCUAG